GGUUCAGGGGGUGGAGCCUUAAAUUGACUUCCUGAAUCGGUUUAAAAAAAGUAAAAAAACACUAUCAAUUUAGUCCGAAACGCCCCUACCGGUGUAUCGGACGUAUCGGUAUUUUGAACCUUGACCCAACCCCAUCGUCCAUAGCUUUGCUGCUCUAUUUAUGACGCCCAUCCAAAGCAAUUCAAGCAGUUUUGUUGAGUCAUGGCCCUGAUGUGAUGAUCCAUAGGACCCCUGGGAAGCCAGCAUGUACGACUCUGAUUACUCGUUCACAUAGUCUUCAAGUUUUAUUUUCGAUGGAUUAUCACCCCCCGACAAGUUUGAAACCUUGCACCAGUGACCAGACUGAACUGGAUAUGGAUGUUAGAACUAUGUUGCCCAAACAUGACCAUCCAUGGAGCAUCCUUCCAACUUGUACAGUUGUACUAAAUUACCAGAGUGAUGAACAGGAAUGGGUGUCCAAUUGAAGAAACUAAAGCGUUUUGGUAGAAAACAUUUAGAUAAUUUGCAAGUUGUGUACUAAAGAAUUCUGAAGAAGAUAAACAAUGGAAGCAUAUACACAUCUAUAUGCACUUUCCAUCUCAAAAUACCUAGAGAAAUUGCCCCGAAUGUGGAGAUUACUCUUAGACUAUGAUAGUUUAAGUUAUGUUCUAACUUCUAACCAAUCUCUUAGUGCCUUCCAGAAGUUCAUCGCUGGGGAUCAUCUUCAUCUACACAUGAUUCAUAAAGUGGUGGUCCAACCUCCGGCAAUGAGACUAUUAAUGUGUUACAGAGUCCAGUGUCCCAGACCAUUCUAUGGGUCUCGAAUCGAAACCUCAGACACAAGUUUUUACCUUGCGUGGGUGCUUGGAACUUUUGUAGGAAAUUUGUUCCUAGUUCAAAGUUCAAACAAACGAUAUCUGAUCACAACUGCACUCACUGGACAAUUAAUUUACCAUAUAUAGAUCUUUGAUCUGUUAGGGAACCCACCAAGUGAUCGGUCAGGAUCACUGGUCACCAACCCAGCUGUGUGUGACCACUCUCUGAAGUCUGAUCUUUUCGCUCUAUUUGUAUCUUUUUUCAAUUUCAAUGAAAAGGUGCCGCCAUUUGCCAAGUGUUAAAAGGUCUGAUAUGGAAUAUAUGGUAGUGGAAUCUUCUGGUUGUGAGUGCUUUUUCUCCUAAUUCCUAGAGUCCUUAUCCAUCCAUCGUCUUGAGACAAAUGGAGGGAAGGUGACGGAGGAUAAGAAUGUGAGACCCUAAUGACUAGGUUUAAGCUUGGUGAGCUACCACCAAACCCCUUGUUGAGUUCAUCCAGUUGUAAUCAGCCCAUAGCUUUGAGCCUUGACCCAGAAGGUGGUUAUAAAAAUGAACCAUUAAACCAUAAAAAAAAAAUAAGAAAGAGGAAGAAUGUUUAAACUAAUAUGUGUUGAUGUAUGAUGUGUAAUCUUUAAAAGAUGAAAAGUGAAAGUGAGGGAGAAAAGUUAGGCAAGGCAGCUUAAUCCUUGUCUAUAUUGUUCUUUGUUUGUAAUGGCAUUAAUGAGUCAAUUACGGUGUCUCCUUGUACACAUCUUUAGUAGAAAGCCCUUGGACUCCUCCUUGUGGAGUGGAAUAAACCCAGAAAAAGGUGGUAAAACUGAUUCCCAGUCUCCUCCCCUCAACUAUAAAUAUGGGUUUGUUCUCUUCAUCCCUCCAUCAAACCACAUUUUUAGUUUUUAGAGCUUAUUGUCCUUCCAUCACCUUUGCUAGAGAUUUUGGUGAUAAAAGUCCCAAGACAAUAUGGGUGUGGCACUUAGAAUCUCUUUUCUUUUUCUUUCUGUUAUGGUCCUUUUGCCUGCUCUCUGUGUCUGCCAGGGCACCUUUACAUGCUCCAGGGCGACAUAUUAUGGUAGCCCUGAUUGCUUAGGAACUCCAAGGGGAGCAUGUGGGUUUGGUGAAUUUGGAAGAAUCGUUAAUGGUGGAGAUGUGGGGGCAGUUCAUAGGUUGUACAAGAACGGCACAGGAUGUGGCGCAUGCUACCAGGUGAGAUGCAAGAGACCAGAGCUCUGCACAGACGACGGGGUGAACAUCGUGGUAACAGACCAUGGCGAAGGCGACUACACAGACUUCAUCCUCAGCCCCCGUGCCUUCACCAAGCUGGCUCGCCCCAGCAGAGCCUACGAUUUGAUGGCUUAUGGUGUGGUGGACAUAGAGUUCAGAAGGAUAUCUUGCCAAUAUCCAGGGUACAACCUCAUGAUUAAGGUCCAUGAGCACAGCAGGUACCCCUACUACUUGGCCAUAGUUAUCAUAUACCAAUCUGGCCAAAAGGACAUUACAGCCGUUGAUGUGUGGCAGGAGGAGUACAAGGAAUGGAGGUGCAUGCGCAACGCCUAUGGUGCAGUCUGGGACAUGGCCAACCCUCCCAAGGAUGCUGUCAGCCUGAGGCUCCAAAUCAGUGGCGAUGACGGACAAAAGUGGGUACAGCUGAAUAGCGUGAUCCCUACUGACUGGAAGGCAGGAGUUGCCUAUGACUCAGCCAUUCAGCUCGAUUGAUGUAGCUAGGCUAGGGCUUUUAGUGCUUAGAACUGGAGUAUCUAUAUAUUAAAUAUAGUGCCUACUUUAUCAUGGAUUGAUUUCUUGUUAAUAAUUAAUUAAUUGUGAUCAGUUUGGUACGCUCGCGUGCUCUUUUAGCCUUGCUCUCAAUACAGUUGGGAGAUUGUGUACUUUGAUAGUGACAUAGCAAAUGAAUUAAAAAGUUUUCACUUUUGAUUUA